AUGGGAGUUCCUACCUUCUUCCGUUGGCUUUGUACUCGCUACCCUAAGGUCAUCAAAGAUGCUGUUGAGAAGGUUUGCAUUGAAGUCCCUGGAGAGGGCGGCGAUGGCGCGAAUACGUAUGAUGUUCCUGUUGACUUCGAAGAGCCCAAUCCUAAUGGGAUUGAGUUCGAUAAUCUAUAUCUGGAUUUGAACGGUAUUAUUCAUCCUUGCUGUCACCCGGAAGAUGGUAUGACUCCUGAAAAUGAGGAUGUCAUGUUUCUUAAUAUCAUGCGAUAUGUGGAUCGGCUAGUGCGCAUCGUUCGUCCACGUAAGUUGCUCUAUGUCGCUAUUGAUGGUGUUGCUCCUCGAGCUAAGAUGAACCAACAAAGGGCCAGAAGGUUCAAGGCUGCCCAGGAAGCUACGGAACAGAUGAAGGAAGAGGAGAAGCUCCGUCGGCAGAUGGUGAAGGAAGGGCGAGAGCCACCUAGCAAGAAAGGAGUCCCAUGGGACAGUAACGUCAUCACUCCGGGCACUCCUUUCCUCGACAAGGUUGCUCACAUGUUGCAUUGGUACAUCAGUGAUAGGAUGACCAACGACCCGUUAUGGCAGCUGUUGGGCUUCCGGUGUAUACUCAGUGAUGCUGGCUCGCCGGGAGAAGGAGAGCAUAAGAUUAUGGACUUCAUAAGGAAGCAGAGGAUGAUGGAGGGGUACAAUCCUAAUACGACGCAUAUGCUGUAUGGCGCCGAUGCAGAUUUGAUAAUGCUUGGCUUGGCGACACAUGAGAUAUCUUUCUACAUCAUUCGAGAGGUCGUGUUGAAGCCCGAGGAAAGGAAGUGUUAUCUGUGUGGUAAGGUUGGUCAUUUGCCGUCAGAGUGUACGGGAGACGACCAACAACCCGACUUGGGGGAUGAAUCUGAGGAGGAUGAGGACAUGCUCGAGAUGAAGCCUUUCCAAAUCAUAAGUUUGCCUGUUCUACGAGAGUACCUUGUCGAGCAGUUCACGACUGCCUUCUGUCCACCCAAUCAGAAGUGCAUCUUGCCGUUCCCGUUCGAUGUUGAAAGGGUCAUAGAUGACUUUGUCUUUAUGUGCUUCUUCGUUGGUAAUGAUUUCCUACCGCAUCUGCCCUCACUCAAUAUCCGUGAUGGAUCGAUCGACCAGAUGAUAUGCCUUUACGUGGAGAUCCUCCCUACCCUUACUGACUACCUUACCUGUCAAGGGGAAGUCAAUCUAGUGCAGGUAGAGGUCUUCUUGGACUACCUUGGUCGAGUGGAAGAUGAGGUAUUCCGUCGUAGACUUGCCCGUGAUGACAGGUUCAAACAACAGCGCCUUCAAGGGCGAUUCAUCAACCAGAAGGGCGGAGGAGCUAACUCUAGUCGCACGAAGCGCCCAUUAGAAGACGCUAAUGUACUGCAGGCGCGGAAGCUGCUGGCUGCUCUGGCGGACCCGGGUAGUGAUACGGAGAAGGACAAACCUAAGAAGGUACCGACAGAGGCUACUGAGGCCCCUACAGGAAAGCAGGGAAGACAUCGAACGGUGCUGACCGAAGAGGACAAUGCCUCACCCCCAGUGUUCCCUCCGAGUGAAGGGGAGAAUUUGGAUACAGCUGAGGUUGUCGAGUUUCAAGAGACAGUUCGUCAACGUGUACGGGACAAACAGGACCUUGGGGAGAAGUAUCCUGAUAGGGUUCGUCUUGGAGAGGGUGGUGAGCAUUCGUGGAAGCAGAGAUAUUAUACGGAUAAGUUCCAUGUGACACAAGAGGACUUCGCCGAUUUCAUACCCCGAAUAAGAAAGGCCUAUGUGGAGGGUAUUUGUUGGGUCCUCCAGUACUACUAUCAGGGAGUGGUCUCAUGGGACUGGUUCUAUCCCUACCAUUACGCCCCUUUCGCCACCGAUCUAGUAGGCUGCUCUGCGCUAGAAUGCAAUAAGGCUUCCUAUUAUACCAAAGGGAAGCCCUUCCUACCCCUACAGCAGCUCAUGUCGGUCCUCCCGCCGAGGUCCGGCCCUCCAGCGGACAUUCCUGUCGAGAUGCAGAAGUUGAUGACGGAACCCAACUCUAGCAUCAUCGAUUUCUACCCAGAGGACUUUGCCCUCGAUCUCAACGGCAAGAAGUUUACUUGGCAAGCAGUCAUCCUGCUGCCGUUCAUCAUCCAGGACCGCCUCAUUGCGGCCUUGCAGCCCUUUAUUGACAAGUUGGACGGCGAGAGGAAGCGUCGCAACACCCCAGCGGAGCCUAGGCUAUUCGUCCACAUGAACGAUACCUUGGCUCCUCAGUUACAACGUGUGCAUGAUGGUGGAAAGGAGGCGGCCCUUGAGGAUCUCCCCUAUACCGACCCUAACGGCCAUGGCUCGACCCUCUUUGGCGUCGCGAGGGCUUAUCCGAUGGGCGGAAAGCAGGAGUCGGUGCCUACUGUGUUGGUUCAUGGCUUCCCUGUGAAGAACCCUCGUGUGGUGUCGUCGGUCCUACUGGACCCAGUGAAGCCUGAUCCUGGGCGUCUACAUCAGUCGAAGCUCCUGCCGGGAAUCAGAGAGCCGACUCCUACGUUGACGGAUGGGGAUUUGAGCGAGACGGGCCGUUUGAGGGGCUUUGGAGGGGAGCCGGCCAAGAGGAUGAUCCUACAGUGCUUACAGAGGCUGGGCUUCCAGACGAGGCAGCAGCUCAGUUUUGGUAAUGCAUCUUUGAGUGGCCCCCCACCGGCUGCUGGCAAGGGCGGCAAAGGGUACGGGAAGGGGUAUUGGAGUGGUGGCAAGGGAGGGUACUAUCAUAAUGAGGGGAAGGGUUAUGGGAAGGGAUCGUAUAGUGAAGGGAAAGGCAGUUGGGGAAGUGGUGGUGGCGGCUAUAAGGGUGGACCGCCGCCUUCUGGGUAUGGUAAAGGCUUUAUGGCAGGGUUCCGAUCUAGUGGGCCUCCCAUGAAGGGAGGAUAUGGUGGGAAGGGAUAUGGCAGCUGGGGGAAGGGUUAUGGCGGAUAUUAG